UAAAGGGCUUUUCGGGCUGGCCCGAGCCCGGUCGGGCUAAGCCCGAAAAACCCUAUAGCCCAAACGGGCUGAGCCCGAAAGGCCCAAUUUUUUCUGGACAUAUAUAUUUAAGCCCGAGCCCGCUAUUUUUCAGGGCCAGGCUGGGCCAGCCCGCGGGUUUUGGCCCUAAUUGACAUGCCUAGAGACAAUCAAUUGUCUGGGUUGGAGAGUAGCGAGAAGAAGCAAGAUGUAAAUGUGGGAGCAUCAAGCACAAAGAAGAGAAAGCCAAAGCAGAUUGAUCAUGGUGCAGAGAGUCGAAAAAUGCAACUCCUAUGUCAGCGAGCCGCAACGUCGGGCAGUCAUGGCUUUGAUGAAGAAAUGAAGUCAUUCAUUAAAGGUAUGUUUGAAGCUUCUUUCAAGCCUUUUAAGGAAGAAAUAGGCCAGCGAUUGAAGAAGAUGGAGGAGGAUGUAUCAGAAGUGAAGGAGAUACUAUCGACUCUAGCAUCAACUUCGACACAAGCCACACCACCAUCCUUUAAACCAAAAGAUGUGGGGAAAUCACCAUCCGUUCAACCAAAGAGUUUGGUACGUAAAAAGUAACUUGG